AUGAAAAUCUUGGCCGUGGACCCUCUACGACCGGGGUCGGACCACGACGCUUUUGUCUGGCGCACGACAUGGCUGCGCCGGCGGUUUCAAGCGGGCCGCAUCGUGAAUCCCGGAGAAUACCUCCUCGGUGACAGUGGCUACCCCUUGGAGCCGUGGCUCCUGAUCCCAGUUCCUGGCCAUCCUCCAGCGCAGACAGCCGAGGGGCAGUACAACACAGCACAUGGCGCCAUGCGUUCCGUAGUGGAGAGGUGCAUUGGGCUCUUAAAGAGCCGUUUCCGCUGUCUUCAGCAAUAUUGCACCCUCCUCUACGAGCCGGAACGUGCAGCCAACAUUGUCGCGGCAUGUGCUGUGUUGCACAACCUUCGCCUCUCUGAGGGCAACAUAGACUCGGGCGAUGAUGACAGCGAUGAUGUCAGCAGCAGCAGUAGUACUGAGCUCUGCGGUAAUGGCGACCCCAUUCCGCAAGCAACCGCAAAGUUCCUUUGUAGUGACAAAAAUGCCGUCCACCUGGUCAUCCGACAUGUCAAAUGCUGUGGCUCCCGUGAAGUGUGGCACGCAUGA